AUGUGUUCUAUUGCCAAUAUUGCAUCGGAUCUUCUUCCUUGUCCGCUCCCUUUCCGAAUCACCUUGCGAAUCACUGUGCAGUUGUACCACAAGCAUGCUCCCAAGACGUGCAGAAACUUCUUAGAGCUCUCACGGAGAGGGUACUACAACGGCACCAAGUUCCACCGAGUGAUUAAGGAUUUUAUGGCCCAAGGCGGUGAUCCCACAGGGACUGGACGAGGAGGCGAGUCCAUCUAUGGAGCCAAGUUUGAGGACGAGAUAACGCGCGAGCUGAAGCAUACAGGCGCUGGCGUGCUCUCCAUGGCCAAUUCCGGGCCCAACACCAACGGCAGCCAGUUCUUCCUCACCCUCGCCCCCACUCCCUGGCUCGACGGAAAGCACACCAUAUUUGGCCGCGUGUCGCAUGGAAUGGACGUGCUGAAACGGCUGGGAAACGUGCAGGCCGACAGGACUGACAGGCCCAUCCAUGAUGUGAAGAUUAUCAAGGCAGUGUAUCACUGUCAGAUGCCAAUAGGUCAGGAGAGUCUGUUGCAACAGGGCAAGGCCCAGGUCCUUCUGCCGCACCCUGUUGAGGACGUCACUCCAGUGCCUGUCCCCUCUCUCCUCCACGCAGCGCCCGUUCAGAGCCUCGCAUCUGCUGCCCUGGGAGACACCGAAGGGCGAGCAGCCGCCACUCUCCUUUCCUCAGUGGACUCACUCGGUCGAACCAUCGUCUCCACCUUCUCCUCUUCAUCUGUGACUCCUGACUCCCUCUGCCACCUCGCCCCCUCCCCCUGCGGCAUCACUGAGUCGGGCCCAUGCUGCACUGCCAUCUCUGUCACAGGGCCCUCUACCAUCCGGGUGGCUACGUCCUGCUUCUUCCCCCGAUCAGUAGACCUGCACGACCCUGCUUCCCUUUCCCCCGCUUCCCCCUUGCGCACAUUCCGCCUGCCCUUCCCCCCCGCUGCUGUGGGCUUCCUGGGGGGGACCGAGAGGGGCAGGGGGGGAGGGAAGCGGAGGGGAGGGGAGAUGGAGGGGGAGGGGGAGGGGAAUGCAGUUGAAGGGGUGAGGCUGCUGGCAGUGUGUGAAGGGCCCCAGCUCAGCAUCUGGGACGAGAGGGCUGCCGAAAACGGUGGCUGCAUCCAGCGAAUCACCGUCUCUCCUGCUGCCGAACCUCUCUACGCACUAGCCUCGACAGGCGAGGGGAGGGCGGGAUUGGUGCGAAGAGCAGAGAAGGGGAGGGGUAAAGGGGGGCGUGGACAGGGGGGCAAGGGGGGGGAAUGGGGAGGGAUUGAGGCCGGGGGGAGGGGGAGGGCACAGCCAAGCAGAGAAAAGGUGAAUCAGCAGAACAAAGAGCAGCAGAACAGGGUGCAGCAGAACAGAGAGCAGCAGAAUGGUAUAGAGGGCGUCUCUAGGAAGGAUGUGGGGUUUGCUCACAGGGAGGAGGAUUCGGGGUUGGACGGAAGAGGAGUAUUGGGAGAGAGAGGAGGAGGGGAAGGCGGAGGGGCUGGGGAAGCAGAAGGAGAAGCUGCAGCAGCAGCAGAAGCAGAAGCAGCUGGAGAGGGGGGCAAGGGGGCAUCGCGAGUGCACCAGUCGUUCCGAGGAGACAGUGCCUGGUGCGGCAUUGCACGGGUGAGUGACUUUUAA